GUUAAAAAUGGUUAUACUCGAAAAGAAAUGACACGUUUACACGUGUUUCGACGUAGAUUCAACGUUUUUUUCCAUUGUUCAAUAUCCUGCCAUAAAACUUGUUUACAAUAAAAAUUCCACUUUGUUAUAAAUUAUUGCGAUUAAUCUGUAUUAUCAAUUUGACAUAAAUAUGUCUAUCGGCCAAAAUUGACCAUAUAUGCGUGUGUGUGUGUGUGUAUUCGCUACAAAUAGUUUUUCAACUGACAGUUCUGUGUCGUUUACUCAACGAGCUCAAGCAGUAUUCCGUGUGUUUUUAUUUAUGUCGGACGCCGUAGAACGCAAGCACGUUCGUGUGGAAUAAAAAAAAAAUUAAACAUAGACUUGAAAAUUUGGGCCUAAAAGAAAAAUUAUAGCUGCGUUCGACAUAAAACCGUGUUUAAAUUGUAUUGUAUUGUGUUAAAAACCGAACUAUAGAAAAAUGACGGGCAAAAAGAUUCAAAAUGCGACAGGAAAGGGUCGAACUAGUUAUCAGAAUGCGGGUAAUCAUCAAAUAGUCAGUACGAAUAAGAAUCCAAUAAAACAAAUGACCACGGCAACAGCAACUGCAACCACCAACAGCAGUGGUCCGAUGGCCAACAGUAGUAAGUUCAACAGUAUUCCACCAGUUCCGGUUACAAGCACCGUCAUACCAAUUGCACAACCAAAUAUGUCAACGCUGAUAAAAACGUGUGAAAAUUUUAAAUAUCUUCCACGUUACACUACGGCUCUAACAAAACCAGCGGUCGAACUAUUUCCCGCUGAGGAAUUGGAUGGCAUUCAAUUGGAAUUGGAAAUAUUGUUAUCGACUGUUGCGUUGCGAUAUCGUAGCUUGAAAAGUGGUUUUGAUUCAUUGGAUCGUGAGGAUAAAAAUCAUAAGAAAAAUGAAAAGUUAAGCGGUAAACGUAAGCGUGACGAUGCCAAUAAGAAGUCAGCCAAAGAAGCCAAAACGGCAAAUCAACCGGCAAAAAUUGCCAAAGUCAAAGCGAGCGGUUCAUCCGAUUCACCAGCCCAUUCGCAACACACUGACGAUAGCAUGGAUGGUACAAUACCACCACCACAUACAAAUAGUCAAUCGUCCAGCAUCGGUCAAAGCAAUCCAAAAGUGUUAGUACCGAAAAAUGAUAUUCCGAAUAAAUUUUGGCUUUCCGUCGAACCAUACUGUAUGCCAAUCACACAGGAGGAUGUAAAACUAUUGGAUGAUAUGAUUGAAGAGUAUUCGACACCGUUGGUGCCACCGAUACCAGAACUCGGGCCACAUUAUGCAUCAAGAUGGGCAACCGAAGAUUUACGCGAAGAACAAGACAAUUCCAAUGCAAAUGCCAAAGCAAACAAACGUUUCACGAAUGCAGCCAACCCAGAGGUCAACAGCAUGUUAAAGAAGGGCGAAAAAGUGGCCAACGAAAAAAUGAUGGCCGAAGGCAUAACUGGGCCGUUAACGCAGCGUCUUGUGGCAGCUUUGCUCGAAGAAAAUUUACUAAAUUCCAAAGGUGUCGCCGAUAUUCUUGGCUCAAGUGAUGGCCUUGGAAGCAUGGCCAAUGAAAGUAACGACAGUUGCGGUGAAAAUAACUCGUCAUCGGCCAAUCGUAGUGCGGCCACUCCGAUUGCAUCGCUGCUGCGAAAUGGCAUUGACGUUGAAAUUCGUCUAAAAAAAGAACUCAUUGAACUAGGCAUUUUAGAUAUUAGUGAUUUCCCCAAGGAGAAAGACGAUGAAGUUUUAAAUGAAAUCAAACGCGUGCGCACCGAACUCGAAUCAAUUGCCGAAUACAAUUUGAACGAGCUGAAAGAGUUGCGGCUGGCGGCCAAAGAGGAGAUGAAACGCUUGGAAAUCAAACGUAAACUUGAUGCUGUCGAUCAAGAGUUAAUUGAAUCGUAUAAACGAGUGUGGGCCGCCAAACAAAAACGACAUCCGUUAACUAAACAACAGAAAAAUGAAAUCUAUCGCCUGAUUGAGGAACAAAAGCGACUGGGCGAUCAACUGGAAGCAAUGCCAUUCCCUGGAUUCAACAAAACAAUUUGCCAACCAAAAUCAACCGAAUAAUUUGGAUGAUUCAAACAAUCUAAUCACUAAAUGCAUUUCUUUGAAAAGUCAUAAUUUAAUUGAAAUAAAAAGCCAUUUCUGAUGAGACAGA